CGGAGAAAUAAUUGAUUUUGCCUAAAUAUAACCCUUUGUUUUAGUAACUUAACAAAUAUUCAGUAAAGAUUAUAAUAAAAUAUUUGUAGGAUUAAGUAAUGGUUAGGUUUUACUCUACAAUUUUAAAGAUUUAAACAAAUAAUACUUUAUGCUUUAAAAUAGCAGUUAAAUAAUUAAUACAUCAGUUAUUUCUAUUAUUUUUGAUGAGUCUUAACAAAAUGAAAUACUUUAUUUUGCUUCAAGUGGUGGUAUGCUCUAAAUUAUAGACUUAUCAAAUAAAAAACCUACUUAAUAAAUAAAUCUUAUUUCUUUGGCAUACGUUUGGAACUUUUCUACAAAUUAACUAGAAUUAUACCUAGCAUUCACAAAAGAUUAAGGAAAUCAGAUAUAAAUAAUUUAAAACUACAUAAUAACUUUUUGUUCAUUUUAGUUAAAUAUUUACUCUCUUUCAGAUGAAAUAUCUUUGGUUACAUAUAUUAAAAGAAAAUUAUCAAAUGAUUAGAUUACAGAUUAUCAAAUAAUAAAUAAUAACAUUAUUUUAAUAUUUUUCAUUUAAAAAUAUGAGGUUUUUCUCUUAUAAAACUACUCUAGUAGUAUAAUAUUCUAAUAAUAAUUUGACUACCCUAGAUAUUUAGGUUCUAUUUAUAUUCCAGAAACUAACAUUUUAAAACUUUAUGGGUUACAUUAGCUUGGAGUGUUUGAAAAUAAUUUAAGUAUAUCUUUAUAUGAUAAUGAUGAGUAAUUUGAUUGUUCUACUAUCAUAAGUGAUAGCGAUAUUUCGCAAUUAAAUAGAAAAAUAUCUAACAUCUCUCCUAAAUAAAAUAUGAUUUACACAACAUUAGGAUCUUCUACUACUUAGAGUAGUGGAGGAGCUUUAUAUUUUGAAAAUAUAGGUUCUACUUAGCUAUAUUUUGAAGGAUAAACAAAAGUAAUAUAAAAUUAAGCUUUAAUUGGAGGCGGAUUGCGAAUAUUUUAGACUAACUCUGGCAAAAUUAUACUACCUUCAGGAUUUCCUUUUGAAAACAAUAUUAAGUAAAAUUAUGCAGAUAUAUUUGGAGAUAAUUGUGCUACUUAUCUUCAAAAAGCAAUAAUAUAAAAUUUUAACCCUUAAGACUCUUAGAAUAAUUACUUAUUUACAUUUCAUCUAGAUAAUAGCAACAUACCUAUAAGUUAUAAAAAAAAUUAUUUUUCUCAAAUUGAUAUAAAUUAAUUCCAAAGUGGUGGUUAACUUUCAUUAAAAAUAUUUUUGGUUGAUAAUUAUAACCGUUACUUAUCUUUUUCAUUACAAAAGCUAUUAAACGAUUAAUAUCCAGAAGAUAUUUCAAAUGAAUUAAAAAGUAUUUAAAUAACAAUAAAUAACUUAAAUACAAAAUAAACAUAACUUAUUGGAGAGAGAAUUUUGAAUUAUAAUCAAUAUGAUAGUGAUUCUUAAUCAUUUACGCUUACUGGAUUAGAAAUUUAAGGAGUUUUAUCAUCUUUAUAAUAUUUCUCAAUAGAGUCUAGUAUAUAAGCAAACUCUUAGAUUUAAUAGCCUAUACUUUUAUCAAUUUCUUUUAGAGAGUGUUAAUUAGGCGAAAUAAUUGAAGAAUAAAAUAACAAAAUUAUGAGUUGUAGAUUUUGUUAAGAAGGUAAAUAUUCACUUGUUGAUCCAAAUUUUUUGUUUAAAUAAUCACAAAUUGCCUAAUCUAAAAUAUAAAACUAAUGCAAUAACUGUCCAAAUUCGGCUAUAGAAUGCUAAGGCUCUUUUAUUUCACUGAAAAAUGGUUAUUGGAGGUAAAACAACUAAACUGAUGAGAUAGUUGAAUGUGAUCCUUAAAUAGGAUCUUGCUAGUCAGAAAAUCCUUCAUCUAUUAAUUAUUGCACAGAAGGUUAUAUAGGACCAAUAUGCUAAUAAUGUGAUAAUAUAGGGUAAGUUUGGAAAGGAAAAAGGUACUAACAAUCUAUGAAAAGUGGACAUUGCUAAGAAUGCUAUUAGGUAACAUCUUAUAACAUGAACAUAACUGCAUCAAAGUUAAACUUACUUUAAGGUAGUUAAUAAACGGAUGUUAAUGAAAAUGGAUAUUCAGAAAUUUUAAAAUCCGCAAAGAAGAGGGUACUUUCAUCUCCUCACAGUCCUAAUAACUAAAGCUCAUUUAGAAAGCAUACUUAGAGCAAUUUCAAAUUGCUAAGCUUUAAUUAUAAUACAGAAGAUUAUAAUACUAAUUUAAAGAAUGACUUUAUAAUAGAGGCAAAUAAAAAUCAGAUUUCUGAAGAAGUAGAAGCAAAAAAUUAAAAAAUUUAUAAUUUCUAUGCAAAAUCAUCAGCACUUAAUUCUAAAUAACUAAAUAUUUGA